CCGCCUCCUUUUUUUUUUUCCGCCUAGGCUGACCCAGCCAGGCGGGCUGAAAGGAGGCGAGCAGGCGCCCUGGGCCCGGCUUGGCGCGCCGGGUGGAGUCUCGGCGCCCCCUUCCCCCCCCCCGCGCCCGCCUCCCUCCUUUCCCUCCGGUUCCCACCCCCUCGGCAGAGGCUGCUGAGGCGCAGCGGGGGCGCGAAGGGUGCCGCCGCCGCCUCCACCGCCGCCGCAGCCUGGGCCUGAAACAAGAUGGCGGCCCCGGGCGAGUACUUCAGUGUGGGCAGCCAGGUGUCGUGCCAGACUUGCCAGGAGCAGCGGCUGCAGGGCGAGGUGGUGGCCUUCGACUACACCAGCAAGAUGCUGGCGCUCAAAUGCCCUUCGUCAAGCGGCAAACCUAACCACGCAGAUAUCUUGCUUAUAAACUUACAGUACGUUUCAGAUGUGAAAAUAAUUAAUGACCGUACAGAAACCCCCCCACCUUUAGCUUCUCUCAAUGUUAGCAAGCUUGCGAACAAAGCACGGAUGGAGAAGGAAGAAAAGCUGAGCCAGGCAUAUGCAAUUAGUGCUGGGGUCUCAUUGGAAGGACAGCAGCUUUUCCAGACUAUACACAAGACUAUUAAAGAUUGUAAAUGGCAAGAGAAGAAUAUAGUCGUGAUGGAAGAAGUUGUCAUUGCCCCUCCAUACCAAGUGGAAAACUGUAAAGGCAAAGAGGGGAGUGCCCUAAGUCAUGUACGCAAAAUAGUCGAGAAACAUUUUAGAGAUGUCGAAAGCCAAAAGGUGAUGCAGCGUUCACAAGUCCAGCCAACACAGAAGGAAAGCGCCCUCUCGUCCUGAGUCCCACCUGCCCUUCCUGGUUGCUACAGAUUGCUCCUGCGGGGGGUGGGGGUGGGGGGAGCCCUUCCAACACGCAGCGGCAGAUGACACAGACUUCUUCAAAAUGAGGUCGGGGGAGGGCAGGGGGGGUCCACUUCUAUUUUGUGGCGGCCCUGUAAUGGUGGGACCCACAGCUUCUGAACUUUAGACUUCAAAAAAACAAGAGAAUAAUUUAAAAACUCAUUCAUUACUUGACUAACAGACUCUUUACUUUUUUGCCCACCCGGUUCCUCCCCCCAAACCCUAGAACAGUCAGCCGUCUUGUAUUUGAGAUUUUUUCCCCUCCCAGGUCAUUUUUUUUUAUAUAUAGCUUAACUGAAAUCAAUUCCAUACCGCCCCUCUUCCUCCUGAACCAUAGGAGAAUUCAGCUCCCCAGUUGUCCUAUUAAAAAAAUAUAGAGAGAAAACAGGAAAUAACAAGCUGACUGUGGUAAUGUAAUCGGGACCUUUGUGUGAGUGGCGAUCUCUCGUUUGGUUUUUGUUUGCACAGGGCAAGGCUUGAAUUAGCCUUAUUUUUCUUAUCUCGAAGUAUAUAUAUAAUAAAUAUAUAUAUAUAUAAAAUGUCCUUUAAAUAUUUUCUGCUUCUUGCAGUACUCUGAACUGGGAUCAUGGCAGAAAAAAACAACAACAACCCCACACAUAUCUCCAUGCUGAACAAUCAAGCCUUUCAUUGUCAGCGUUCGUAUGUGUAACUCUGGAAAUCAGAUGUGUGCUGAAGUGAGGGCUUCAGCAGGCUAUAUACUCUUUGGAGGGCAUGCACUUGAGUCGCAGGCUUCCUCCUCAUGGUCUCGUCACUAGCUGAGCUUGUAUGUUAUCUUUCCAUACACGGCCUCUAGUGAUACCACCGGGUCGGCACUGUCCCUGACCAACAACACCGUACGGUAGAACUGUUGGGGUUGUUUUAGUCUUCCCAAAGGGCGUGGCAACUGGGAGAUCAGAUAACGCCAUUUUUGUGGGCAGUUCCUUUGGCGCUCCGUAGGUAAAAAAUACUUUGGUAGAGCUUAUGAGUAAUGGUGCAUGUUUAGCACCCUUGCGGCCCAACCAAGGGCUGGAGAGGCACUUGAGGGGUGUGGGCCGAGUCCACACAUGGCAGUGCUCAGCCCCAGUCUAACUGAACUGGCUCUUUCCUCUUAAAUCCUGGCUGGGGAACUUACAGUCUUCCAGAUGCUGUUGGAACUACAGCUCCCAUCAUCCUUUGCUAUUGGCCAUGCUGGCUGGGUGUGAUGAUGGGAAUUGGGAGUCCGAUAAAUCCUGGAGAGCCACGGGUUCCUCGCUCUGGUCUUAAAUAACCCGUUUAGGAAACAGUCAGGCUCCCUGGGAUCUUUUACCAUGCUACCAUGCAGCAUAGUUAAAUGAAUCCUUUUGGAUUUGACUGGUGCAGGUUGGGUGCUCCUCCCGAAUAAAUUUCCCUUGUGGCAUUGCCAUGUGAUAUUUGAAUCCUUGCAGCGAUUGGAAGCUGUAAGUGCCACUGUGAAAAUGGCUGCUGUCGCCCCUCAGUUUUGACUCUAAUUGAGAUCAGGUGCAGAAGUGGUUUUGUGUGGAGGAUUCGAAUACGCUGGUGUGCUGCUACUUUGCGGGGCAGGUGGGGUAACGAUUCGCCUCACCCCUGAGAGUAGUGCAGUAACUAUUUGCAGAAUACUGCCUGCUUUUCAAGAGGGGUUAAAUUUUAUUGUACGCAUUCAAACCAUAUUGCUAUAACGCAUUCUGGAGUUUUCCUAUCAACUUUAAUUUUAAAAAUCCCAGUUUUAGAUUUGUCUACAUUUCAUCUCUCAGUCUGGCUGCUUUCACUGUCCUUCAUAAACGCCCUUGCCUUAGAAAUAUGUUCUCGAAAGUAAAUAACUCUUGAACAUGGACAUAAAGGUGAACUUACAAAAGAUUUUUUUUUUGCCAUGAUCUCUUUCCCCCUCUCCCCUUUUUUGUUUUGUUUUUUAAAACAAAUGGAUCAAAAUUUAAAUAAUUCAAGCCCUGCCUUUCAGAAUGGAGGGAUUUUUUUUUUUAGUAUUGUCUAGCAAAACCAAUAAAAACCCAGAAUUUUUUUAACCAUCAA